AUGUCCUGGUCAGCAAACUUUACAGAAACAACGGCAAUGUUUGCAGACAACGGCAGCAAUUUCAAAGCAAACGAAACAGAAGUAUCAGUAAAUGCGAGUGUGGUUAGCAGCCCAGGGGUUGGGAUAGCCUCGCCCAUCAUCAUGACACUCACCGGUGUGCUGGGAAACUUUAUAGCUCUAAUUGUUCUGUACACAAGUAAGAUGGAGGUCCGGAAGACACCUUACUUCUUCUUGCUCAUGGGUCAAGCCUGGUCCGAUCUCAUCAGUUACUUGCUAACAGGGCCGAUGCCUAUCAUAGUCUACGCGAACAACCUCAAGUGGCUUGGAGGAAAGCCCGUGUGUAAUAUGAGCGCGUUCGUUUUGAUGGGUUUCGCAAUGGUCAUCCCUCUCUUUGUGGGGUGUCUCUCUUUGGAAAGACUUCUAGCUUUGAGAUUCCCUUAUUUUUACGGCAGAGUUGUGACUGUAACAAAGACAAAAUGCCUAUUCAGUGCUUGUUGGAUAUUUGUGUUACUGUUUUGUUCUUUGCCAUUCCUUGGACUCGGUAGUUUUGAAUUUCAGUUUCCCGGAACGUGGUGUUUCUUCAACUUUCACAAGGAAACCAUCAGUGACACAGUUUACGCUUACAUGUACUCCAUAUUUAACAUCCUGGUCAUCACUGCUAUUGUAUUUUGCAAUAUCGCAGUGGUAUUGGCCUUAGUCAAGAUGAAGAAGGGAAAGAUAGCUUCAGUGUCGCCGUCUGUCGGUGACCGUCAGUCCGGCAAAGCCCAAAAAAGUAUAUUCCAAGUGCAGAUGGAGACCCAGAUGGUUUGGUUCCUUUGCGCUGUCACCCUGGUGUUCGUGUGCUGUUGGAUGCCUCUAAACGUUCAGAUUCUGAUAAACCUGACGACUGGAGUUGUCAACCCUCGGGCCGACCUGCUGGCUGUUCGAUUGGCCAGCAUCAACCAGAUCCUUGAUCCUUGGUUUUACAUACUUCUGCGGAGAUCAGUGCUCGUAAAGCUUGUCAGCCCAUUCAAGACAGUGUUCUGUGGACGUCAACAAAGCACACUGCGACAAAAGAGACGAGAUACGCAGGCCUCCAACGUCACAUCCGGUCAUGUGCAGGCCACAGAUCAGCAAAUCUCUGCCCCUAAUCAGUGA